UUGUAACUUUUACUCAAGGACAGGAGUUCUCUUUACUAUAGGUUACUUUUUACACGAAAUAUCGCUACGGACAGAACGUGAGCGCACUACUUUGGCUACUUCUACAUCCGACUGCCCAGUCCUCCCCAAUUCAAUAGCAUUGUUGCUAGGCGACAAGAGACAUAGUUCCAAGGGGGAUCUUCUGCCAUAUGGUGUCAUAAAGUGCCCCCUGUAAGUGUUGCCUUUCAAAUAGGGACAUCAUCAGAGUCACCGUGACUACGACACCAACGCAACGAUGUCGUACAAUCAGUCCAGGGAGACGGGAGGGGGAAAAACGUUCAGCUUUUGGCGUGACGAGUCAGUUGUAUCCAUGUACACUUUUAACUUGAUGCUACGGUUGCAUCAGCCAACAAAAUAAAUCCGUACCAAUAUAGAAACCUGACUUGCAAUAAGUAAAUAUGGCGGCAUUUGCAGCAAGAGUGUUAUCCGAGAUGGGCUGGGAGCAGCACUAUGCCCUCCCAGUGCUCAACACCGAAAACAAGGCUUUAAUAGAUGAGAUAUGUGACAUAAAGAGGAAGCUCUUGAAACUGAAACACAAACGUGAGACUAAUGAUGAAAAAAAGCAAUUGGGAAGCGACUGCUUGAAAAAUGCCAAAAAGGAGCUGGAAAUCACAGAGGCUCUGUGCAGGGCCAAAGACAGAGAAGUUGAACUGGAGAAACACCUUGCCGCCAUUGCCGAGAGAGAAAACGGCCGGCUGAGGCAAGACAAUACGAAGAUGGAAAACGAUCUCCGGUAUUUGGCAGAAAAGACAAAAACUCUUGAGAACCACAUCUUCAAAGCCAAACAGAAGCUGGAGCAGUUUCGGGUGCAAAUGAACUGGGACCAGCAGGCCUUGAAUUCCUUUUUGGAGGAAUCGACCAUAAAAGACGAUGACAUGAUGGCCAUCAUGAAGUAUUCACAUCAGGAUGAGCUGAGGAUCAAGUCACUGACUAUGGCCAUUGAGAGGACGACGGUGGAGGGCACUAAAAAGCACAAAGGGCUGGACAAGGAAAUGACCGAAACUUUAGCGGCGCAGAUUGCUUUGGACAAGACGACAGAGAACUUGCAGCAGGCUCACGUGGAAACUGAACAGAUCAUCCACCAGUGGGAAAACACCAUCCAGCAGAUGAAGCAACGAGAUGGUGAAAUCCAUCAGAGCGCUCUGAAACUGGCUGAGACCAAUCAGGUGAUCAGGGAAAGGAACGACACCUUGAUGGAAAUGAGACACUUGCAGGAGUCGCAGAUGAACGACAACACAGAAAAAGAGAAAAAAUUGGCCGCAACCAAUCGACAAACUGCCAAACUGCGACUGGACUUCAAGCAGCACGAGAGCAAUUACGUCGAGAUGCAGGAUGAGCUGAAAAACUGCAAAGCCAUCAUGGAUAGAACAACCUCCAACGUGCAUUCGAUGAAGUGCCACAUACGCAGGGUGGAAGAAAACAUCCAGAACAACAACGAAAAACUGAAUCACACCGGGGCUCAAAAUGAUGCCCUUCAGGCCAAGCUGAAAUCUGUCACCCAGAAUGCCUUGAGUGAGAAGGAGAGAGCUGCCCAGAUGGAAAUUUUCCUCAAGGAAGAGCAACAGGCCAUCAAGGAGUUGGACAACCAGCUGUGUGAACGCGGCAAGGAGCUUGUCCGUUGCAAGCAGCAUGGGGAGGACUAUAAGAAAAGGGAAAAGAAUUAUAUGGCGCAUUUGUUACGCAGCAAAUGCACCAUCAACACGUUGGAAUGUCAGCUCAGGAAACAGGAGGAGUACUUACUCAAACAGAUGAUGAUCAUGAAUGAAAAGGACUCCCAGUUAAUCAUUUUAGAUAAAAAGUUAGCACGGUUGCAAGGUGUCGUCGGCGAUUCCGAUGAAAAGGUGGCGAUGGAAUUGAAGAUCACGGAGCUGCUCAAUUCCCUCGAGGAGAAGAAGAAGACAUCCAGUAAGAUCCUCGUCAAAAUCAAGGAGUCCGAGGAGGACAUUCGCUAUUUGAGGAAAGAGCGGGAGGAUUCUGCCACUCAAAAGAAGGAGCUGUCCAACAAAGUAGCAGAACUGAAGCUGAUCAAUAAUAAUAUUGAGAAAGAGCUGAAGAGACUCGGGCUCAAGAAACAGGAGCAUAUCGUGGAGCAGAACAUCUCCAAACUGGAGGUGAGGCGGAAGAGGGAUCUCCUGUUCAACAAAGCCAACAGCGUGCUGUCUUUGGAGAAAAGACAACUGAACGUGAAGAAAGCCAUUCACGAGAGGCAAGAGGAGAUCCGAGUCUACAGCCAAAUGCUCACUCAGCAGCUGAGGACCACAGAGCAGGAGAGACAGAAAAUCUGUCUGGAACUGAAUGUAAAAUUGUCCAAGAUUGAAGCCACGAAGAAGCAUUACGAGGUUGUGACCUUUACUAUGGCCGCCGAAGAGGACGACGAGGACGCCGUCAAGUCUCAAGCUCACUACAUCGCCAAGGCUGCGCUAGAGAAAGCCGAACUCAAGCAGCGGGGAGAGUGCCUAAAUAACAAAAUCCGCAAGGCCCAGCAGGAAAAUAAAGCUCUGGAGAACACAACUCUGUUAUUCCACAUCAGCAACACCGGAUUUCACACAACAGUCGUCAAAGCGAAAGAAGCCACUCCGGAUUAUCAGGAAAAGUUCAAGCUUGAAGAGCAGCUGCAGGUAGCCGAGGAAACGCUGGGGUCCAAAAGGCAGCUGGCUAAAAAGCUUCGUGAGGACCUACAGGAAAUUAACAGUGCCUUGAAGAAUCGACUACAAGCCAAGCAGGCUUUGGAGAAGGAAGUCAUGCAAAUAAUGGAAUUUAACGAUUCUGUCAAUGACAUGCUGCUUGCUGCCACCAAGUACAAACCUCAGCUUAAAUCUGCGCUAGCGCAACACUUUCAGCAGGCCAAUCUGCCUUUUCCCUCUCGUACUGUCUCUGGCAUGAGUCGAAGGUCCAACCUUGUCAGCAGCUCUCUCUCUGCAAGGUGUGCUGCAAUCUCAGGCAGCAGCCGCAAGCCUUCUGAUGAGCCGGACCCCACUGUGAAGACCGUGAUCCUGGGCCAGGAUCUUCUUUUUCCAGAGAUGAACUGGGAGGAAUGUUACGCUGUUCCCGGGGCCAAUGUUGAAAACAAGGCUUUAAUUGAAGAGAUCCUCAAGAAGAGGAAGGAACUCUCGCAAUUGAAAAGCAGGAGAGAAAAUCAUAAAGACCAAACACAACUGGCAACGGAAUUCCUGAAACAGGUUGAAGCAGAGCUGCACAAUUUGGAGGCCCUAUGCCAGGCCAAAGACAGAGAAGCAGAUAUGGAGACGCACCUCACUGCCGUUGCGCAGAGAGAAAUUGGCCACCUGGCGCAGGAAACCGCCGAGAUGCAAAAUGAGCUUCGAUCUUUAGCCGAGAGGAAGAACACGCUUGAGAAUCACAUCUUCAAGGCGAAACAGAAGCUGCAGCGCUUUCGCACUCAAAUGAACUGGGACCAGCAGGCCAUGGAUUCUUUUUUGGAGGAGUCGGCACGAAAAGAGGACGACGUGAUGGCCAUCGUCAAGUAUUCGCAGCAGGAUGAACAGAGGAUCAAGGGCCUCACUUUGGCCAUCGAGAGGACAACGCUGGAGGCCAAUAAGAAGCGCAAAGCCCUUGACAUGCAAAUGACUGAAAAUUUAUCUGUACAGAUUGCUUUAGACAAGACAACGGAGCAUUUGCAGCAGGCUCAUCGGGAAACCGAGAAGAUCAUCCACCAGUGGGAAAACACUAUCCAGCAGAUGAAGCAAAGAGAUGCCGAUACACAACGCUGGGCUCUGAAUCUCGCAGAGACCAACCGGCUCAUCAGGGAAAGGAAUGGCCAGUUGACAGAAAUGAAGCACUUGUACGACUCGCAGAUGAACGACAACAAGGAAAACGAGAGGAAAUUGACCGCAGCCAAUCGCCAGGCUGCAAAACUGCGGCAGGAACUGAAGGAGCAGGAGAGGAAUUAUUUGGAGUUGAAGAAUGAGGAAAAAAGCUGCAAAACCUCGCUGGAUAAAACGGCUUCCACCGUGGAGUCGAUGAAGUCCGACAUCGCCAGGCUCAAAGAUCAAAUCCAGAAAAACAAUGUCAAACUCAAGCAAACCGUGAGCCAAAAUUCGGCCCUUGAGGAGAAGCUGAAAGCUGUGACGCAGAACGCCCUGAGCGAGAAAGAGAAAGCUGCCCAAAUGGAAGAGUUCCUCACAGACGAGGAGCGGGCCAUUAAGGAGUUGGAUGUCCAACUACGUGACUGCAGGGAUGAGCUCUUCCGUUGUAAGCAGCACGUUGACAACCUCAAGAGAAUGGAGAAGGACUCUUUGGCACAAGAGUUGUGGAGCAAAUCCACCAUCAGCAGUCUGGAACGAAAGCUCAGCAAACAGGAGAAGCAUUUGAGGAGGCAGCAGAUGAUCAUGAGUGAAAAAGACUUGCAGAUCAUCUUUCUGGAGAAGAAGCUCGCUCGACUGCAAGGCGUUCACGACUCGGAUGAGAAGCAAGUGUUAGAAAUGAAAAUGGGUGAACUGACCAAAGCCCUCGACGACAUGAUGAAGACGUCCAGCAGGAUCGUCAAUGCCAUCAAAGAAUCUGAAGGUGACAUUCGCUAUUUGAGGAAAGAGAAUGACAAGACAGCGGCCGAGAAGGAAGAACUCUUCAACAAAGUUGAAGAGUUGAAGCUCAUCAACAAUAAUACUGAAAAAGAGCUGAAGAGACUUGGCCUCAAUAAGCAGGAACAGCUCGUAGAGCAGAACAUCUUCAAGCUAGAGGUGAAGCGCAAGAGAGACCUUCUGUUCAACAAAACCAACGGCGUGCUCUCCUUGGAGAAAAGACAACUGAAUGUGAAGAAAGCCAUCCAAGGGAGGCAAGAGGAGAUCAAAAUCUACAGUCAAAUGCUCAGUCAGGAGCUGAAGACCACCGAGCAGGAGAGACAGAAAAUCAGCGCUGACCUGAACAGAAAGUUGUCCAAAAUUCAUGCCGUGAAGAAACAUUUUGAAGUUGUGACCUUUUCAAUGGCACCCCCUGGAGAGGAUGAGGAAGAUGUGGUGAAGUGUCAAGCUCGCUACAUUGCUAUGGCGGCGCUACAGAGAGCAGAACUGAUGGAGCAGGCAGAGUGUCUGACUGCCAAAAUACGCAAAGCCGAGCAAGAAAAUAAAGCUCUGCAGAAUACAACGCUGCUGUUCAACGCCAGCAAUUCAGGAUUCCACACGUCGGUCGCCAAAGCAAAAGAAUCCAGUCCAGAAUACCAGGAAAAAAUCAGGAUGGAAGAACAGCUACGUUUGGUUGAAGGCACACUGAAGUACAAGAGAAGACAAGUUGGAGAGCUUCAGCAAGACCAACUGGAACUGAACAACACCUUGGACAGUCUCCUACGGGCGAAACAGGUGGAGAACCAAAAGAUCGAACACACGCAGUCCCUCAUCAGCAAAUUGAAUCGGGAGGUUGCCUCUCAGCAGGAAAAGAUUAACAGAGCCACAAAACAGUGCUCUAAACUAACACAAAAGAUUCGCUGCUCAAGAAACACCAAGUCCGAGACCUUUGAGGAGAAGGACGUCAAGCUGAGACAGUUAAAAGAUUUAGACAGGAGUAUCAACAAGAUGCUUAAUGAUGCCACAAAGGACAGACCUGACCUCAGAUCAGUAUUGGAGAAGUACUUUCUACAGACCAACUUGUCUUUUCCAUCUCCUGCGUCCACACCCGGCAGUCACCGAAGCUCCAAGACAAAUUCAGCUCGCAUUUCCACCUCUGCCAGGUCUUCAGCUUCCUCAGCCAGCAGACGCAGCACCUCUGCCCCUCAGUCUUCUUUAGUCAAGACUGUUGCCCUCAGUCUGGAUCUACCUGUUCCCUCCCCACCUUUUUCAGUCAGCAGGGGCUCCAGCUCAGCCAGCAGCAACUUGAAGAAUCCAUAGUAUGAUAUUAUGCCAGGUUUUUAUGCUAUAAAAAAUAGACCAAAAUAUGUAAAUCAUUUAAAAACUUUUCCCUCCUUUAAUGUGGAAUACAAACCAUACAACUCAUUGGAAAAAAAGAAGCUUUUUUUGAGAGAAGGCGCUAGUGAAGCAUGGUAGGGGCUUUUUUUGUUAUUCUUCGGCUCACUACGGCCCCAUCUUAAGAUGGAGGGAA